UGCCAAUUCGCAUUUGCAUGAGCCGGGGGCGUCGUUGCUGAUACCGAUCACUUAAAUUUAAAUCCAUCCCCAAACGAAAGUGAAAUUCUGAGUGUUUGAAGUAAAACUGAAUUAUUUUAUUUUCGAAAUGGCCAGUGUAUUAAGUGCUAUUAUUUUCGUCGCGUUCCUGGGCCUGAGCUUAGCUGCUGACGAAGGCUUCGUGGUGCCAUCUAUUGAGUUCAAGCCCAUCACAAAAUUGGCCGACGAUAUUCCCACCUGCCGCCAGAAAGACAGCGACAUUAAUGAGUGCAUCAGGCAGGGCUUUCAGCAGCUGACGCCUCGCCUGAAAACCGGCAUCAGCGAUCUGAACAUACCGCCGAUGGAUCCCUUUCUGCUGGGCAAAAGCUCCUACAACUACAACUCGGGCAUACUGCAGGGUCGCAUUGCCAUGAGGAAUGUGCUGGUUCAUGGCCUGAGCGAAGGUAUUGUCGACAAGGUGGACUACCGGCAAAAGAACAAUCGCGUACGCAUGGAUAUGCUAAGCCAUGUGCCUCAACUGCUGGCAGAGGGCGCCUACAAGGCGGACAUCAAACUGAACGACAUGAAGAUAACUCCAAAGGGCACCUUCAAUAUUACGCUAACCGACGUCAGCAUGAAAACCCGCGCCUUGGGCGAACUAUACGAGCGCGACGGUCACACCUAUCUGCGUCUGACUAAGCUCGAGACUGAGCCCAAAGUGGGUGACAUGCGCAUCUAUGCCAAUGGCCUGGUGCCCGACCCGGCGCUGAAUGAUGUCAUACUGGAUUUCAUCAACCAAUACUGGCAACAGCUAUAUCAGGCUAUGCUCCCCGAAACAAUGGCCAUUUGGGAGCCCAUACUGCUCAAAGUGGGCAAUGAUUUCUUUGCCGCACUACCCUUCGACUUGAUUGUCACUAAGGAUUAGGCAUGUGGCCGUCAAAGAUUUGAGUCGGCUUCUUUUCGAAUUAUGGUUAUAUGCUUUGUUCAUGGUGUUUAUUUAGUUUGUAUUCAAAUAAAAUGAUUAAAGAAAUUUCAAUGAAA